AUGGAAGGAGAAACAGCAAUGAUAAGAGAAAAUAAGGAGAGAAUUUGGGAUUACCUUAAGCGAUUGAACGGAAUGGAGCCAAUAGAGAAGCGAGGCGAGGUACCCGUACCAUCCGUGCAAGCAAUUGUGAAGAUUGAUGCCUCUUGUCCUCUUCUUUUCCCUGAUUUAUCCGUCUAA